AUGACUGUCAAAGCCAAUAGCGCAGACCCUACAGCAGCAGCCACCACCUCGGCUAAUGGCGAAGCACCACCAGCAUACACUCCCGUCGCUGGUGCACCACCACCCACGGGACCUCCAAGGCAGUUAUCUGAGAAGGAGUUGGCUGCUCUAAACUCUGCCUUUUCGUCACUGAAUUUACCGACCGUCGCCACCAAGGUGGAUGAGGACACUUGUCUCGCCCAUCUCAAGCUUCUAUCGGCUUUCUAUACACUGAAGGAAGAUGUCGGCUAUACCGACGGCCUAUGGGCCAUCUAUGACUCUCGCGCCAACCCCAAGACCGACGCUGGUCCAGAACUCGGUGCCGAGCUCGCCAAACUGCGUGAGAAGCGAUGGGCAUUGUAUGUCGCCAGAGCCGUCAACCGUUACGAGGCAUGGUGGUACACAUUUGCAUCGGACCCGUUGACGCUCGCCGACAUGACGCCAGACUCGGUCAAAUAUGCCGAAUUCACCAGCUCAGAUGCAGGAAUGAACUGGGAGCCGCCGCGCCCGCUUCCACCAUUGGAUGUCCUCAUGGUCUGGCACGCACACAUGCUCAACCCUCGCGACUACCUCGAAGACUGUAUCCGCGCAGGUAGACGAGAAUUUUGGACUGCCGGGUUACCCUGGAAGCACAUCAAUGAAGCCAUUGAUACGAAUUUCAACUACAAAGUAUCCGACGCUUGUAUCGCAGCCUGGAAGACGGCCACUGGGCGUGAAUGGGAUAACAUGGAGGACUCAAUGACAAAGCAGAUCAAGUGUCCAGCCUGCUCGGAGCGACUCUUGAUUCCCUGGACGACGUGCGGCCAUGCUGAAGAUGACAAAGGAUCGCGACCAAGCCUCGUUGGAAACGGCUACGGCGACGGCGAGUUCAAGUCUACGUGCACCAGAUGCGGUACGGCCAUUACUAGAGAAUUUCUCGAGGCAGCCAGAUUCGUCAGCGAUGCUAAAUUUCUCUUGGCUAAGAACCAUCCCAUGCCUGGUACGAUUCUCUCUUAUCGCACAGGAAUGCCAGAGAAACUGCUGCUUCGAUUCAGCAAUGUCUCGACUUUGGAGCUGGGCUUUCCCAACCGUUUGAUCCAGAACCACCUUCGUAGUCAACUUCUGGAGCUGAUGAAGCCCGGACAGCACUUGUCUCCUGUCAAUAUGGACACGGUGCGGACCAUGAUCGAGGACGCACUCGCAGACCAGACGGUCCUCAAACGAGUUGAGAACGUCACAGGUGUUGCCGCGUUGAACCGCUAUCGGCUCAGCAGAAGCUCGAGGAUAUAUGUUCGCAAGAUGAUGUCGCGGUAUUGGGGAAAUUCUUCUCCCUUUGCCCUUGAGCUGGGCGGUGCCGUUUUGCGACAAGGCAUCUUCACGGACAAGAUGUACAAGAUUGAUUGGAUUCACAGUCCCGCUGCUCGCGAUACCAUGAAGAGACUCGUUGUCAAGUACCAGCGAUUUAUUCAAAUCAUGGCCGCCAACCCACUCAAAGUUGCAGUUCCCACGCUUGAUGUAGACUUGGCUUGGCAUACCCACCAGCUUAGCCCGGCCGCUUAUUUGGACUUUACUUUUGCCAAGUCACAAAAGUUCAUUGACCAUGACGACAAAAUCAACGAGGUCAAGCUUGCGUCAGCGUUCGAGUGGACCAGCAAGACUUACCAGGAAAUGUUUGGUGAGGUAUACAGCGAAUGCACUUGCUGGUACUGCGAGACGGUCAGAUCAUCGCACGUGAGCUCUGUUGGAAGAGCGCUUGGCGUUUCAAAGAAUGACAAGAUUGUCAAUGAGUUCCAUGAAUCUGGACGAGCAGAUCUCUGUCCUCCCGACGCCUCAGCUCAUAUCUCUGCCCACAAUGCUGUCAAGUAUUACGACGAGGAUCCCAAACGAGGUGACAUAUACAAGGCAAUGCACGAUGCUCAGGUGGCCAAGAUGGAAGAGAACUAUAGAAAGGCACAAAAAAGAGCAGAGAAAAAGGGCCGUAAGAUUCCGCCUCGCGAUGAGUACUACUACUAUUGGGGAUAUCCAUACAUGAUGUACGGACCCUGGGUGUACCCUAUCUACUGGAGUCCCGGAUUCUACUACUGUGACCCUGGGGUUGCAGCUGCCGGUACGGGUCAUGCAGGUGCUUGUGCUGCAGGUACCUGCGGUGGUGGUGCUGCUGCGGGUGCUUGUGCUGGCGCUACAGCAGGUGGGUGCGGUGCGCCAGGUGGAUGCGGCGCUGGCGGUGGUUGUGCAGGUGGUGGUGCAAGCGCUGGGGGAGGAUGUGGUGGCGGAGGAGGAGGAUGCGGAGGUGGUGGUGGUGGAUGUGGCGGUGGAGGAGGCGGCGGCUGUGGUGGUGGUGGAUGCUAA